GACCCGCGCCUUCUGCCUUUCUCCUCGCACGCGCUCUCUGUGGACAUGAGCUGGACGCACGCGCUCCGGGACGCCCUGCAUGAGGCACAUGAACCACUGUUCUGGGUGGGCGCGUGCACUGUGGCGUGCGUGCUACUGUGGCUGCUCUACAGACUCCUGUCCGGGUUCCGCAUCUGGGUCCUGGGCAACGGGAGCCUGCUGUCUCCGCGCCUCGGGAAAUGGGCAGUUGUUACUGGGGCGACGGAUGGAAUUGGGAAGUCCUACGCUGAAGAGUUGGCGCGUCGAGGUUUUGCUAUGAUGCUAAUCAGCCGCUCUCAGGAAAAACUGGACGACGUCGCCAAGUUACUUGAGGAGCAGUACAAAGUGGAGACAAAAACCAUAGCUGUGGACUUUGGAAAAACAGACAUUUAUCCCAAAAUCGAGGCAGGACUUUCAGGACUGGAGAUUGGAGUUCUGGUGAAUAACGUGGGUGUGUCGUACCCAUAUCCCGAGUACUACCUGCACAUUCCAGACCUGGAUAAUUUCAUCACAAACAUGAUCAAUGUGAACAUGACCUCAGUCUGUCAGAUGACGCGCCUGGUCUUGCCCCGGAUGGUCGUCAGGUCCAGAGGAGUGAUUCUGAACAUCUCCUCGGCCAGUGGCAUGUACCCACUACCUCUCCUCACCGUCUACUCUGCUACCAAGGCGUUUGUGGACUUUUUCUCUCGCGGGCUUCAGGAGGAGUAUAGACGUCAGGGAAUCAUCAUCCAGAGUGUGCUUCCAUUCUUUGUGGCAACUAAAAUGACACGCAUCAGGAAGCCUACUCUGGACAAACCUACUCCUGACCGCUACGUCCAGGCAGAGGUCACUACAGUGGGACUACAAAGCCAGACCAACGGAUACUUCCCCCAUGCUGUCAUGGGCUGGGUGACCACUAAACUUGUGCCCAGCUCCAUUGUGAUUUUUCUGGGUGCGAGGAUGAACCGUCUGCAGAGGACCGGGUAUCUCCAGAGAAAAAGGCAGAGGGAGCAGAAACAGAACGGAGUUAGUCUCAAGACCGACUAGAAAUGAAACAACUCCAAACCACAACCCAUCCACCUAUCUGCACUUGUCUGCACCUGUCUCCACCCAUCUCCUCCUGUCUAACAUCUUUUAAGAAUGAAGGAACGGAGCCAGCCUCAAGACAGACUAGAAAUCAAACCAACAACCACAAACCAUAACUUAUCCACCUGUCCACACCUGUUAGUGACAAAAGAACAGAGCUAGCCUCAAGACAGACUAGAAAUCGAACCCACAACCAGUUCUCUACCUGGUCACCUCUGUUACCUGGACCAAGCAAACUAAAUGAUUCCUUAGAAAUCUUCACCUGUUUGUGCACCUGUUACUGUGUAUAAGAUCUAAAAGGAAACAGUUAUGAGAUGUUGAAAAGUGACCUUAAAAAUUAAAAUCUAAAGCCUAAACUCCAUCUUAUAUGGCUCCACUUGUCUACACACCAGCCUAUGCACCUGUCAUUCACUCAUCUGUGCACUUGCCAACAUGCCUUAGACCCAAACAGAAUGACAAAUCUGUAAUGAGAAAUUUGAAUGGUCUCAAAGACCACCUAAUGUCUGUAUUGUAUUGAUAUUUUUUUAACUUAAAUAUGACACAUUUUGAACGUUAAAUGUUCCUUGAUCCAGUUUGUGAUAUAAAGUGUGUGCUCCUUUUUGGAGGAAUUGAUAAUUUCUCAGAUUUCAGAUCAUCACUCCUGUUGACCUCAUGGUUUUUAAAAUGCUGAUCUCAAAAGGGUAAUCUUAAACAGUGUUAAAUUCUGCAAAAGUUUGACAUUUACUUUUGUAGAUUUCGCUGAUUUGGAUUUGAGAGAACGAAUCAUUUUCAUCUUGGAAAUAAUAAAUUUGUCGGAGCAUUGCGGUGGAGGGAUUCAGAAGUUUUGUUUUGUUUUUUUGUUUGUUUUUUAAUAUUUAUUUGAAAUUUUGUUUAAAAAAUCAGUAGAUACAGAACGAAAAAAAAUGUGUCAACUUUUUUUUGGGAUAUCACUGUUAAUGUAUUAUUAAAAUGCACCAAAAUACUUAAACCAAAAAGUGAAGCAAUAAAUGUGUUUGUGAAAUUUACCUACUGUUAAAACACAUAAAAUACAAAAUUAUAAUUAUUUUUUUGGGAUGUUUUUCACCAAAUGUGCCUUAUUUUUAUUAGAACCAAAGUCACAAAAUCUGCUUUAAAAUAAAUGGUCAAAAACGAUGAGUGGGAAUGUGCAGAGUGAAUAUACCAAUUUAAUUUAAUGUAAUUUAAAUUGAGUAGAUGAUUCCUGAUGAAUUGUCAGACCAAAGUGUUUUUAAAGGUGCUUCUGUGAAAAGUUCAAAUGCACACUUUGUAUUUUCUACGUUUUGUAAAUAAAAAAAUAAAAUGGGCAGAAUAUG